UGUAAGAAGGUGAAGUGUGAUCCGGACUCAAGCAGUUGCCCUAGUUACGAACAAUCGUCCACCAACUAUGGCUACGAAAAAGACGCAACACCAGCCAACUACACCCUGUCGCAUUACGUACCUGAGAAUAACACGACUUUUGGCGACAUGAAGUGCAAUGAUUACCUCGGAGCGCCAGUGCACGACCCAAUGUUACCGUCGGUAGUUGACUCAUCCUGCCAAAACUUCGGAUUCGGAUAUCCGUUUGCAUCAACCGCUUUUGACCUGCACUCUCCUUUCCAUCUAGACACACGGCUGGAGUUUGUGGAACCAGGAAAUCAGCUUUAUCGGCAUUAUGUCAACGAGGCCCACUCCGCUAUAAUGCCGUACAAAAAUCUAACAUAUAAUGCAGCCGACCCAAAUUUACUCCCUACUUCCUCCUCUUCUUACUACAAACCGACAGAUCAAUCCAGUUGUAAACGGCUGACUGAAAAUGAGGAUCGCAAUUCACUAAGUCUAGCCGUGAUACCUCAGAAGGGAUCCCUAAGCAAGGUGAAAACCCCAGGUGAUCAACCCAAGGUUCGAAUGAUAUCGAACAACCAGCUCAACCCCAAUGCAGUGGCCAUAAUGGAUGAAUGGUACAGAGAUCAUCUGGACAAACCCUACCCCAGUAAAUAUGAGAAACGCCGAAUGGCCAUAGCAGGAGCGAUAACAGAAGCUCAGGUUGGUUCCUGGUUCGCAAACCGGCGCAACCGCAGCAACAACACCCGCCCCAAGCAGAAUAUGCGGCGUCUGAAGUCGGCGCUGGCGCUGCUGUGCUAUGAAUAUCAGGCUCUGUGCAAGGGACUCGUGAGUGCUGCCGAGAUGCAGGCAAGAAUACUCCACCUCAUUGAAGAACACACGUCAUUUUAA